AUGAUUAAUGAUCAAAGCAACCAGCUAACGAGUCCAGCAACUUCUCCGAGAAUGACUGAGUAUGAAGGGAUGAAGAGAUAUAAGGUAACGUAUAUAUCGUCUCUUUGGGAACCGUUUGUCGUCGUCAAGACUUCAACUUACCCCAUGGAUCCGUUCAUGCUGCCGAUGGGGCCCGGUGCAAUGCGAACCAAUCUGCUAGACACAAAAGCUGUCUACAAGCCACUUAGAAGUCACCAAGGCGAGGGUCGCUCCAAGAGUCACAAGGUCACUGCGAACCGCUCAUCGAAGGAUUCCAAGCCCAAGAAUCACGUGGAGUCCCUGUCUCAAGCAUGGGUCACAACACACUAUCUGUUCCGGUCUCGGAUCUAG